ACGAAUGCGUGUAAACACACGCGUAAUAGGCAUUGUACAACGUGUUGGCAGUAAGAGAACCGGCUAUAGUUUUUAAUAAAAUGUAUUUGCGUUUACUGUGUUUAGUACUUAUGAAAUUCCAUUUAACCAAAUCAUCAGAAAAUCUUCGGCUGCGUGGCGUUUCUUUAUCAAAAGCUUCGUUGUAUGCCCCAGACAAGGAGUUCAUGUGUUUUGAUGGUAGUCAGACCAUACCUUUUACGCACGUGAACGACGACUACUGUGAUUGCCAGGAUGGAAGUGAUGAGCCAGGAACAUCAGCCUGUCCCAAUGGCACAUUCCACUGCACAAAUGCUGGCCACCGUCCACUCAACAUUCCAUCCUCACGGGUCAAUGAUGGAAUUUGUGACUGCUGUGAUGCAUCAGAUGAGUAUGUCAGCCAAGCCACAUGUGUUAACAACUGUAAUGAACUGGGCAAGGCUGCAAGAGUAGAAGCCCAGAAACUUGCUGAACUGACCAAGCUGGGCAGUGAGAUGAGGGUUCAUCUGAGUAAGAAAGGAAAGCAACUGAAACAAGAGAAGAAGGAAAGAUUAGAACAAUUAGAGAAAGACAAAGUUGAGGUAGAUAGUGUGAGAAAGGAGAAGGAGAUACUAAAGGUAGCAGUAGAAGUAUUGGAGAACAAGGCCUUGGAGAAAUAUCGCAAGAUUGAGGAAGAAGUAAAGCAGAGGCAACAAGAAGAAGAGAGGAACAUAAGUGAACAAGAGGCUUUUGAACACUUCAACAGAUUGGAUGCAAAUCAGGAUGGAAAAAUUGAGAUACUUGAGUUGCAAACUCAACAGACUUUUGACCAGAACAGAGAUGGAGCAGUAUCAGAGGAUGAGGCAAAAUUCUUCUUGGAUUCAAAUGAUGAACUGAACUGGGAAGACUUUUUGGCAUCUGGCUGGCCACGAAUGAAGCCCUUCCUUAUGUUGGACAACGGGCUCUUCAAACCUCCAGCUACUGAAGCACUGCUAAAUUCUGCUGUGGAGGUUGAUACUACAGCACAGGAAUCAACUGCAGAUUUCUCUGCUGCAGGAGGUGAAGCAGAAGACAAAGACUUUGAAAAUGGGCAUGACAGUGACAUAAAUGAAGAAGAGGAAGAAGAGGAGGAGGAAGAUGAAGAAGAGGAAGAGGAAGGAGAAAAAACAGAGGAGAUACCUAAAUACGAUGAAGAGACUCAGCGAUUAAUUGAUGAGGCUUCCAAAGCUCGCUCUGACUUUGAGGAAGCAGACCGAGCUCUAAGAGAUGUACAACGAGAAAUACGUCAGAUUGAAGAGUCACUCGAGAAAGAUUAUGGAGUUGAAGAAGAAUUUGCUCCUCUGGAUGGAGAAUGCUUUGAAUACACAGAUUUUGAAUAUACGUAUAAACUGUGUCCUUUUGAUCAGGUGACACAAAGACCAAAAUCAGGUGGAGCUGAUACUCGGUUAGGAACCUGGAAUAACUGGGUGGGUCCUGAAGAUGACAAAUACCUGGAGAUGAUGUAUGACAAGGGGCAGUCAUGUUGGAAUGGACCGCAACGAUCCACAAGGGUAAAGAUGAGAUGUAGCACAGAAAACACAGUAACAUCAGUGAGUGAACCAAAUAGAUGUGAAUAUGUGUUUGAAUUUGAGACACCAUCCAUCUGCCAGGUGGUGGAAGGCACAGAAACUCAAGUGCAUGAUGAGUUGUAGGAUAUUUUAAUGAGUCUGGUAAAAUGGAAUCAUUGGUAAUGCAAGGAAACUAGUUGACAUGAGGAAGAACAUUGUAAAAAUAGAACUACAAUAAAAGAAAGAAUAAGUCACCUAGUUUGUAGUUAAGACAUGUAAACAAAUUUGCUCCCCUCUAAGGGAUUGUACAUUCCAAUUGCUGAAAAAGAAUAAUAUCGGUAAAAUAAAAGUUCUGUAAUUUA